GUAGGAAGUUUGCUAUUGACUAACAUACCAAGAUGAUAAAUUGAACUUCGUUUUAUUGUCAUUCAUGGCUUGAAAUUUAAUGAAAUGCUGCUCCAGCUGUCCUAUUCUGCAAUUUAAUGAAGCAGUAAAGUUUUCAGAUGCAGCGGAAAAUAUUUUCUUCUGCAUCCAUCAGUAAAUAUAAACUGAAGGAGAAUACCUUACGUUCUUAAACAUUUUCAGUUUUCCAUCAUGUACAAAUUUCUUGCACAGUAUUCUACAUAUUGCCUAAGUAAUACGUAUAACAUGACCUGUUUCACAGUAAUUAUAAUCCUUAUAGUGCAACAUUGAGCAAAAAAAAAAAAGAAGCCAAUUAUGUCUAAACAUUGGACGGAAGUGGCAUAAUUAAUGCAAUGGAGACAUGUAAAGAACUGAAGUUUCUGUCAGCUAUAUAAUGAAUAAAGGUUUUUAAAGCAAAAUACUUAUAUGCUUAAGAAGAAAAUAUGGAUGCUUCAGUUACUAUAAAAUCUGAAGUUUUAGAAGCAAUUUCUUAUGAAACUGAAAAUUGUGAGAUAAAAUUUUCUUUAUCUCCUGAUAAUCCCCCUCAAGUUGUAAAAAGUUAUGCCAAUGAAGAGAAUAUGGAUGCUUCACUAACUGUAAAAUCUGAAGUUUUAGAAGCAAUUUCUGAUGAAACUGAAAAUUGUAAGAUACAAUUUUCGUUAUCUCCUGAUAACCCCCCUCAAGUUGUGAAAAGUUAUGCCAAUGAGGAGAAUGUGGAUGCUUCAGUAACUAUAAAAUCAGAAGUUUUAGAAGCAAUUUCUGGUGAAACUGAAAAUUGUGAAAUAAAAUUCUCCUCACCUCCUGAUAUUUCUCCUCAAGUUGUAAAAGCUUCUGCCAUCAAGAAAUCUUGCAACAUCAAAACUUCCGGGAAAUUACCUAAAAUUGCAGUUUCUUGCAAAUCUAAAUCAGAAAUCUCCGUGAAAGAAAAAGAUUUUGUUCAUAAAGAACCUAAUCCCAAAGUACCCAUUCCUCGUUGUAAAAGUAUUCGUUCUGGUGAUAAAUGUAAAACAGCAUUGCGAAACAUAAUUUCUUUCAACGAGCCAGACAUUUUCCCCAAACUAUUACCAUGUGGAGUUUGUUCAGAAAGUUUUGCGAAUAGAGAGGAACUGCUAAAGCAUUUACAAGGUCAUACAGGAAAAAUUCCUAUUAAAAAGUUGGAAAAAAAAUCCCCAACGGUAGUGAAAAUAUUCUCCUGUAAGAUAUGUGAGAAGACUUUUGCAUCAUCAGUUGAUUUUAGAUAUCAUCGUUGCAUGAGAGUUAAUUUUUCAAACGUGUUAGUUAAAUGCCAAUACUGUUUUGAAGAUAUAAAGACUUGUGGACUCGCGGCACAUAUGAGACAGGUUCAUGCGGACCAGGAUCCGUAUCGCUGCGAGCAAUGCGGUGCUAGUUUGAGAAGCAGAACAGCACUUAAAAAACAUGUUUAUGCUCAUCAUGGAAAUUCUCUGUUUUGUGAAGUUUGCAAGAAAAGGUUUCGCAAUCCCGAAAAUCUGAAAACUCACGUUCGAAUACACGACGAGAAAAGCUCUCACACGACUGAAAAUAACAUCACAAAAUCACCUGGUCCUGCUGGAUUGCUUCCUGAAAAAUGCGUAGAGAAGUUAGUUUUGCCCAUUGAUCCUCCGCAACGCAUUCCUGAGCCCCACAAAAAUCCUUCAACGUGCCGGAUUUGUUCCAAGGUUUUUACACAGGAGGCUACGUUUCAGCAGCACUUGCAAACGCACUCAGCCCAUAACUUCGUUUGCUGCAAAAAAUGUGAUCUUCGUUUUCAAGACGGUGCUGAUUACAGAGCUCACUCGAAAUUGCACUUCAAUUUGUUUCCUUGCCGAGUAUGCGGCAAAAUGUUUGAAAAGUCCGAAUUGCAAGAUCACAUGAAAGUGCAUGCAGGCUUGUUAGCUGACACUAGAAAAAGACAAUUCCGUGCAGUUGUAAAAAUAAUUCGUUGUGAAUACUGUGAAAAAAUUUUCGGUUUCGAAAGGGACCUUAAGAAACAUCACGACUCGGUUCACAAGGACAUAAAACUCUUCGCGUGCGAACUUUGCCCAUGUGGUUUUACGCGUAAAUAUGACCUCAUAUCACACAUAAAAAUACGUCAUUUAAAGGAAAAACGUAAGCAUUUGGACUUAAACGUCCCCUGCGAGGCUUGCGGAAAACAUUUUACGAAUAAGACUAGUCUGCGACGGCAUCUCAAGAUUCACACCGACGAAAGACGAUAUACUUGUGAUUUUUGCAAAAAGAGGUUUCUGACUUUUCAUGAUCGCCAGAUUCAUCUUCGAGUUCAUACUCAUGAAAACCCAUUCACGUGUGACACAUGUCAAAAGUCGUUCAGAUACAACAGCACCUUUCGAGACCACAUUAAGACACACUCGAAAGAGAAGUUAAGCUGCAAUCUAUGUAAGAGGGUCUUUACCAGGAAGUUUCAUUGGUUAAAUCAUAUAAAGAAAUGUUCCGAGUCCAAUGCUCAACUUAGCGAUUCAAGAGAGAUGCAACCUGAUAUGAAUAAAGUUGUUUUGUUUUAA